CUCGUGACGCGCCUUCCCGGGGAAGGAAGGUUCCCAGCGCGCGCAGCCUUACCGCGGUGCAGUAGGACGGCGGAGGAGAGAGCGAGAGAGUUGUAGUGGAGGCAGCCGCUAAGCUUGAGCGGGGAGGGGAUUGCAAGCCGAGGAGUCGGCACGCCGGAAGGCAUUUGGGGAAGGGGCUCUCUUUGUUUUGAUUCGGCAGCUGUCGUAGAUUCCUACCUUUCACUAUUAUUAUUUGGUCCAAAAAGCAGCAGAUCUGCUGCAUGUGAAUAGAAGCACUGGUGUUAACUUCCUUCUCGGCUUCUCCUUCUGUGCCUUUCAGUGCAGUAAAUAGACUUUUUGUCGGGGGGAAGGAGGAGGAUCGUUUGAUACAUAUUUUUUUAAUUUUGGAAGGCGGGUUGUUUUUAAUUUGAACGUUUUUUCUUUCGUUUUGGCUUACGAGAAACAGACCUAGUGAUUUAUUUAUUUAUUUUGGUCAAAUUGGAUCUGCAGCUGUUCCAAUGAAGAGCUGGUCGCGGGGGGAGGGGGCCGUUGUCGGAGGCAGCUGAGUAGGAUCUUCUGCAGCCGAUGCCUUUUUGAGCGACUCGCCCUCUCGCCAGCCUCGAUCCGAUUCCUACUUGUUGUGUGGGCAUGAGCCAGAAUGGAAAGCGAUGGACCUUGUUGCUAUCCUUGUGUGGGGGGGAUAGAAACGUCUUGAUUUCUUUUUUUCCCAUCCGUGGGACUUUAUUUUCGAGGUCACGUUGCUGUAGGGGCUGCAUGUAAGCGGCGGGAGAAAGCGUUGGGAAGGUUAAAAAAUAUAAGGGGGAAAAAGAUAAGUAGGUCCUGGCUCUGCUGCUUUUUAGAUUGAAUUCUUCUAUUUUAUUUUAUUUUGCAAAAUCUCAGAUUUUUUAGUGUGGGUUCCUCACCCCCCGCAGGGUAGAACUGAAGUAAGCAAGAAUUUUUUUGUGGGGGGGAGGCGCGCGCGGACGGGUUGUAAAACCGCAGCAGUUUCUUCGGUGUUCUCCUUGAUCUGGUCGAAAAAAAUGGAGGCUGUGAUAGAGAAGGAGUGUAGCGCACUGGGAGGACUCUUCCAGACCACCAUCAGCGACAUGAAGGGAAGCUAUCCAGUUUGGGAAGAUUUCAUAAACAAAGCCGGGAAACUGCAGUCUCAGCUUAGGACGACAGUAGUAGCAGCAGCUGCGUUCUUGGAUGCCUUUCAGAAAGUGGCUGACAUGGCGACCAACACACGUGGUGCUACCAGAGAAAUUGGCUCUGCUCUGACGAGAAUGUGCAUGAGGCACAGAAGCAUUGAGUCCAAACUCAGGCAGUUCUCAAGUGCUUUAAUUGACUGUCUGAUCAACCCACUUCAAGAGCAGAUGGAAGAGUGGAAGAAAGUAGCCAAUCAACUGGAUAAAGAUCAUGCAAAAGAAUACAAAAAAGCCCGCCAGGAAAUUAAAAAGAAAUCUUCAGACACCCUGAAACUACAGAAGAAAGCAAAGAAAGCUGAGGCGCUGGGUAGAGGAGACAUCCAGCCUCAGCUAGACAGCGCAUUACAGGAUGUGAACGAUAAAUACCUACUUCUUGAAGAAACAGAGAAACAGGCUGUUAGAAAAGCCCUAAUUGAGGAACGUGGGAGAUUCUGCUCAUUCAUUUCUAUGCUGCGGCCUGUGAUUGAAGAAGAAAUAUCGAUGCUGGGAGAAAUAACGCAUCUACAGACCAUAUCAGAAGAUCUGAAAAGCCUCACCAUGGACCCUCACAAGCUGCCACCAUCAAGUGAACAGGUCAUUCUAGAUUUGAAAGGCUCUGAUUAUGGCUGGUCUUAUCAGACUCCUCCAUCUUCGCCCAGUACCACCAUGUCCAGAAAAUCCAGUGUGUGCAGCAGUCUGAACAGUGUAAACAGUAGUGACUCCCGGUCAAGCGGCUCACACUCUCACUCACCCAGUUCACACUAUCGCUAUCGCAGCUCCAAUCUGCCUCAGCAAGCACCGAUGAGGCUUUCUAGCGUGUCCUCGCAUGACUCCGGGUUCAUGUCCCAGGAUGCUUUUCAGUCCAAGUCGCCAUCUCCGAUGCCUCCAGAGGCCCUUAACCAGAAUUCGUCCAGCUCAGCCUCCUCGGAAGCCUCUGAAACCUGCCAGUCAGUGAGCGAGUGCAGCUCCCCCACCUCAGUCAGCUCAGGCUCCACCAUGGGGGCUUGGGCCUCCACAGAGAAGUUGUCUAAUGGGUAUUAUCACUGUAGUUUGUCAAGUGGCCCAUCCUUAGCCUCAGUUGGUGCAGGCCCUUCCCCUCAUUUCCCGUCUGUCUCCCACGCAUGGACCCGGGCUUCUUCCUCUACCCUCCUUCCAGACUGCGUUCAUUAUUACACCAUUGGGCCAGGCAUGUUACCAUCAUCUAAGAUCCCUAGUUGGAAGGAUUGGGCUAAGCCAGGUCCUUAUGACCAGCCCUUGGUAAAUACUUUGCAACGCCGCAAAGAAAAACGAGAAGCAGAUCCCGCUGGGGGAACACAGAGUGGACCACCUCUGCCCAUGGAGGAAGCUCAAAGGCCCCGAAGCAUGACUGUGUCGGCCACCCCGAGGCAAGGAGAGGAGAUGGAGGCGUGUGAAGAGCUGGCUCUUGCUCUAACCCGAGGGCUACCACUAGACACCCAGAGAAGCAGCCGGGAUUCUUUGCAGUGUUCCAGUGGCUACAGCACCCAAACAACCACACCUUGCUGUUCAGAGGAUACCAUCCCCUCUCAAGUUUCAGACUAUGACUACUUCUCUGUCAGUGGUGACCAAGACCAAGAGCAGCAAGAGUUUGACAAGUCUUCAACUAUUCCGAGAAACAGUGACAUCAGCCAGUCAUACCGCCGAAUGUUCCAUGCCAAGCGUCCUGCUUCCACUGCAGGCCUCCCGACUACGCUUGGGCCUGUGCUAGUUACGCCUGGUGUAGCGACUAUCCGACGGACGCCUUCUACCAAGCCGACGGUGAGACGUGGGACCAUAGGGGCGGGGCCGAUACCCAUUAAGACGCCUGUGAUUCCGGUCAAAACACCAACCGUUCCAGAUGUGCCCGGGGGACUGCCGAGUGUGCCAAGUGGGUCUGAAGAAAGCCCUGAGCAAAGUCCUGAGGCUGGAGGUGGCAACCCAGUGGGCAUCAGUACAUCCUCAUCGUGGAGCGCUCAAGCAUCCAACAACCCUCCCUCUGCUAGCCAGAAGUCGAGCACAGGAGAGGAGCAGAGACAGGCAGCUGCCAAACGGGAAGCAGAGGCAAGCCAGAGGGAGAGCCCCAGCAUGGCUGCCCCCCCAUGUCAGCCAGUGCCUCAGUUGGAGGACCAGAAUCUCGGGGAGGCCCCACAAGGUGAAGACAUGCUGAAUGCCAUUCGCAGGGGCGUUAAGCUGAAGAAGACCACCACGAACGAUCGGUCAGCACCUCGCAUUUCCUAGACGUUGAACCACUGCCAGUUACCAACUUUACAGAGACUGAACUACCUGAUGAAAUCUGUACAAUCAAGAUUUGUAGGAUGCUCUUUAAUGAGAGCUGGAAUGUCCUUUAAAAUGGAGGGCGGGGGGAGGGAACCUGCAAACUAAAAUGCUUAAGGCGCAGCCUCUUCCUGACCUUUUUUUUUUUUUUUUGGUAAAUUCUGCUGAUUAUUUUUUCUGCACAUUUUUAAUCUGAGUUUCCCUUUCAGUUUUUUUCUGAAGGUGCCAAAUCCCAUGUAACUUUUUUAUAACUUUGUAAAAAAAAAAAAAAAAAAAAAAGUUUUACAUGAAUAUGGGGAAGAUAACAAUAAAUGUCAAGUAGUUUAACCUUCAGCAAAGAGAGUGGUUGUAAUGCAUUCUCUCUCUCACAUGCUUUUUGUAAAGCACCUUGUAAUAACAAGGGUGCAAAAACCAGCUUUUAUUUUAAUGGAUAAAGGACAUGGCAAAAAAAAGGUCCUCACUGAAGUACAGUGAAUUGUUUUUAUGUUUGAAAAGCAGGAAACAGCAGCUGAUUGAUUAAAGCAAUAUAUAUAGCGGAAGAGCGAGUGAGCUUGUAAUUGGUUAGAGUCUUUAGGGGUUAGGAAAAGGGACUUAACUGUUGCACAAAAGUAGCCUAGCAGUAGCUUCAUGGUAAAUGCGUCUGAAUAAGCCAUAUUGGAUUGCAGUGUUUGUUUUUGUAGGACGUUUGAAGACUUUUGGGGUGCUGCCCACUAGGAACUUCUCCUGUGUUAGCCCCAAGAACUUUUGUUGGGGCUGUUAUAAGAUCUCCUGCCCAGGAAAACCCUAUGCGGACUGUUCCUUUUCUUUUAAAAAAAUUGUAAUUUUAUUUUAUUUGUUUCCUUGUCUUCAGGACUGCACAAGCAACAUCUUUUGUUUAUUCAUGCCACCUUAAGCCAGGUUAGACUUCAAACUUUUUGGUUUUCUCCCUUCACUUUCUGUUUGUUUGCUUUAAAAAAAAAAAAAAAAGUACAGGAACAAAGUUUAAGAAGUGAAGACAGAAAGAAAUGUAUAAACAUUGUUUUAAAAGGAAAUUACCAGGGAGUUCUUAGUUAAAACUUUGUAUCUUUUACUGGCUAUGCCCAGCAGGCUGGGCAGCUUAACAAACAGGAAAAGCCCCCCCUACUUUUGAUGAAACAGCUCAGAAAUCUGAUGGGCAACCAGCUGAGAAUUACAGUAAAAUGACAAACAUUUAUUUUAAGGGGCCUGGUUUUCUUCUCAAGUGACAUCUUGGGCUCGGUUUUCCUAAAUACUAAAAUAUUUUGGGAAUGGGGGAGGGAUUGGGAACACAGUUUUGAUUUUAUUUAUUACAGGGGGAGGAGGUUGACCUUUUUUCUUUUUAAUUCUUCCUAGCAACGUGUUUGGGGCAAACUGUUAAUAAAUUUAUAGAUGGGGUUUUCUUUUCUUAAAAUGAGAAUUGCUGUGAUUAUAAUCCGUUUUAUGGGGUCAGUAGAAACGUGCAUUUACUCAGGCACCACAGGUGUUGCAGUUUUGUGGUUUUUUAAACAUUCUGCAGUCUAAUUGGAGGCCAUCUGCCUUACCUCUAUAUGGGCAAUGCAAGCAGAAUAAUAGGUAACGGACCUGUGUAUUUGUGGUUGUGAAGAAACAGCACCUAGUUGGAGCGGCCAGGUCAGGUGUGUACGCACAAUCUACUCCUCCACAGACAUUCUUGAGGCUCCUGUUGGCUGCCGUCUUGCCUACAUAACCUCUUAUGCUUUAAAUACAUAACUGCAUUGGAUGUGAGACGUAUUGUAAAACUGUUAGUCACUGUGUUCUAUAUACAUUUACACUGCUGUGGUUGCUUAACACUUUUUUAUGUUAUGGCUUCAGAAGCAAAAAAAAAGCAUGAUCCUUAAUAAGCUCUCCUUCUUUGGAAAAACGAGCUCCUUACAGAAUCUUUUCCUUAACUAAACUCUAAAGAAAAAAAGCCCACAAUCAUUGAUAAAAAGGAAGCGGGCGGUCAAGAUCAUUUCCUGGCAAGCUUCAUGUUGAAAUAUGCCAGUUGCUUUGUAAGGGCUCAGUUGUGCUCUUGUAUAAUUCCCAUUGGUUUCAGUGGGGCUUGUGGUGGAGAAAUACCUGAUAGAUUGCAUCCGAAAUGUAUGUUUAUGAAACCUUUUUUUUGGAUGUAGCUGUACUCAAGUAGUGCAGCCUCCCUUUAGUUCUUUAAACACUAGAACUUACUCUCAGUUAAAAUUUUAUUAUUAAACUGUUGCCAAAAUUAAGCAUUAGGGUGUAACAAACCACUUUGUUUUGUUGGGUUUAAAAAUUUUUUUGUGUGUGUUUCUUGCCUAUUGUAAAAGCAGAGUCACCAUUUUUUAAAGGAAAGAUGUUUCUAAUGGUAAGCUACUGUGGUUUAGUUGCUAGUUUGUACUGAGAGUUGACCUCUCCCCUCAUGCAGCGUUUUUGUUCUGACCUGCUAUAAAUAAAAAAAAUGCUGUUGAUUGUGUUGCCCUUCUACAUUGUAAUGAUUGCUUCAGCCUAUAUUAUAAAUAAAGACCUGCUAAUAAA